AUGUUGCUUUCUCGUCGUGCGUGCUACAAGUGUGGCAACAUUGGCCACUACGCUGAGGUCUGCUCUUCGACCGAGCGUCUCUGCUACAACUGCAAGCAGGCUGGCCACGAGUCCAGCAGCUGCCCGCACCCUCGUACGACCGAGACUAAACAAUGCUACAACUGCCAGGGAGUUGGUCACGUCCAGGCUGACUGUCCCACAUUGCGCCUGAACGGUGGCACUAGCGGCCGUUGCUACAACUGCAACCAGCUUGGUCACCUUGCCCGCAACUGCGGUACCCCUACUCCUGGUGCUGGUCGCGGUGUCGGUGGUCCUCGUGGAGGAUUCACCGGUGGUUUCCGCGGUGGAUUUGGCGGCUACCCUCGUGCUGCCACCUGCUACAAGUGCGGUGGCCCCAACCACUUCGCUCGUGACUGCCAGGCCCAGGCUAUGAAGUGCUAUGCCUGCGGAAAGCUUGGUCACAUCUCCCGUGACUGCACCGCUCCCAACGGUGGUCCGUUGAGCUCUGCCGGCAAGGUCUGCUACAAGUGCUCUCAGGCCGGUCACAUUUCUCGGGAGUGUCCAAGCAACGAGUCCACUCAGGCUGCUGAGUCCAACCCCGCCCCUGCCGCCGCUGCUGUUGCCGCUGAAGCCAGCACGGAGGCUGCUCCCGUCACAGCAGCUCCCACCGCUGCUGUCGCAUAA